GGCAGCACCAAACAUGGCUAUGAACAUUGAUAGAAUUGAAGAAGGAGAUCUGACUGAAGAAGACAAUCAUAAUCAAGAGGAGGAAUCUUCAAAGAUCAAGUCUCAGAAGCUAAUGAAAUGGGGAUUACUCUUAUUACUAAGCUGCAUAUGUAGUUUUAUUGGAGUCACAGGAGGACCUUUACUACUUAGACUCUACUUCUUACAUGGUGGUAGCAGAAAAUGGUUAUCUGGUUGGUUGCAAAUGGCUGGGUUUCCUAUACUAUUCAUCCCACUCACGGUCCUUUAUGCUAAACGCGAUCGAAGUCUACCUAAUAUCGAGUUUUUUGCUUCUCGGAAGCUUUUGUUCUAUGCUUCUCUGAUAGGCCUAGUUCAAGGGAUAGACAUUUUUAUGUAUUGUUAUGGUUUAUCUUUCCUUCCUGUAACUACAUCAUCUCUCCUUUUUACUACUCAACUCGCCUCCACAUCCUUCAUUUCAUUUGUUUGGGUUAAGCAGAAGUUCACUCCCUACACGAUAAAUGCGAUUGUAGUAAUAAUAAUGGGUUCGAUACUACUGGGUAUACAGAGGGCUGGUGAUCGUCCUCCUGGUGUUACGAAUUCGCAGUACUUGUUGGGUUUCUUUAUAAGCAUAGCUGCUGCUGCAAUUUUAGGGUUCAUUCUAGUGAGCACCCAAGUUGCUUAUGCUAAGGCCAAUCAAGGCAUGACCUAUACUAUUGUGUUGCAGUUUCAAGCUUGUUUGGCCUUCUUUGCUACACUCAUUUGCACAAUUGGGAGUCUCAUAAACAAGGAUUUCUCAGAAAUGCAACGAGAAGCGGGCGAUUUUGACUUGGGAGCGAAAACAUACUACUUGGUGUUAGCUUCAAAUAUGGUAGUUUGGCAGCUAAUGUUCACUGGGAGAGUUGGGAUUAUAUUUUGCACGUCCUCUCUCUUUGCAGGAGUCAUGAGCGCGGCUUUGCUUCCUAUCUCACAGAUUGCAGCGGUGAUAACAUUCCACGAAAAUUUCACUGGAGAAAAGGGGAUUGCCUUGGCUUUAGCACUUUGGGGCUUCACUUCUUACUUCUAUGGUUCCUACAAGAACACAAAAACGCGAAGUCGGAAACCCCAUGAAGCAACAGAAAGAGCUAAGCAACCCACAAAAUAAGUAUCUCCAAAUUAAUGAUUGUAACAAUAUCGUGAUUCUGUGAACACAGAUACUCAUAUGUACUAGGGGUCAGAAAGAAACAGCGUUUUGAAC